CAUUGUUCAAACCUGCGUGCAUCUGUCAACACUGUUUGGUAGCACAGUGAGAUAAGCUCUUCCUUCUCCUUUUGCAGUGAUCCGUAAUGCUUUACCAGCAUGUUCUUAUUGCCAACCAUAUUGUAGCAUGUAGUAAAGCACUUGUGCAGACAGCUUGUGUGGGCUCAAUUCCACCUAACCUUGUAGAGAUGCCAAAAUAUAGUAAGCAAGAGAGGAAUUCCUUAAAGCUUAUUUAAAUAUUUAGCUUUUGUUGCAACUUCAAUCAAAACUAACUUGUACUUAAGCUAAAAAUGAACUAUAGAAUUUACUUUUUAUUUUAUUCAUUUCACUUCUAUUAUUAAUGUAAUCUGGGCUGACAAGAUUGUGCAGUAGUGAAAAAAAACAAACGUUAGAUUUGGGAGCAAAAGACUUGAUUUAAAAAAAAUUGUUUUCUUUAUUUCUCUGGUUAGUACACGUAUAUUAAUGUUUUUUAAAUAUACAUUUCUCUAUGAAUCAUGUUGGGAGAGAAAAAUCAGUACAAAAGAAAAAACCAUGAGAGGAAAAAAAUCAAGAAAAAGAAAAAAAAGAUUUUGAACCUUAAGUUCUGUCACUAUCUGUAUAAAAUGAGAGGAUUAGACUCCAUUUGGAAAACCUUGGUCAGCUCUAAAUUAUGUAAUCUUAUGAAAUGGAUUUCCCUUUCUUAGAAUUAGAUCCCUAUGGAAGAUGGAUUUAGUUUGAACUCUGGUAGCUUUGUUAUAUGGACUGCCAACUUUAGUGCUGGUACACUAGAGGAGUUUUCACAUAUGGGUAUUUUUUCCCAUGCCACUCGAUAUAAUGUGAACAUUAGAAUUUUCCCUUUAGCUUUAAUUGUACUCACUUUCCAUUUGCCCCUAUUCCUCUUCAAGGACUCAUGAAAAUUGAGUAACUUUUUGGUUUUUUUAGGGAUUUGAGCCAUAAUCGAUUAUCUAACUGGAACAUCAGCUUGGACUCAGAGGUGUUACAGGAAGUGAAAAUGAAUUAUAAUGAAUUAACAGAAAUUCCUUAUUUUGGAGAAUCAACUUCUAACAUCACUCUACUUUCAUUAGUACACAAUGUAAUUCCAGAAGUAAGUGCAGAACAGCUUCAAUUUUACCUUUCUUUGGAGACACUGGAUCUCAGCUCAAACAUUAUCUCAGAAAUCAAGACAUCUUCAUUUCCUAGAAUGCAACUGAAAUAUCUGAAUCUGAGCAAUAACAGGAUAGCCACCUUGGAAGCUGGUUGCUUUGAUAAUUUGUCCAGUUCUUUAAUAGUGGUCAAGUUAAAUAGAAACAGAAUUAGCAUGAUUCCACCCAAGAUCUUUAAGCUGCCUCAUCUUCAGUUUUUAGAACUUAAAAGAAACAGGAUUAAAACUGUGGAAAGUCUUACAUUCCAAGGGCUUGAGUCCUUAAAAUCUUUGAAAAUGCAGCGGAAUGGAAUUAGCAGACUUAUGGAUGGAGCUUUCUUUGGCUUAGUUAACAUGGAAGAAUUAGAACUGGAGCACAAUAACCUAAUAGAAGUGAACAAGGGCUGGCUCUAUGGCUUGAGGACAUUACAACAGCUCUAUGUCAGCCAGAAUGCUAUUGACAGAAUCAGUCCUGAUGCCUGGGAGUUCUGCCAGCAACUAUCUGAACUUGACUUAUCCUAUAAUCAGUUAACUCGCCUGGAUGAAACUGCCUUUGCGGGACUGAGCUUAUUGGAGAAGUUGAAUUUAGGGGACAACAGGGUCACUCACAUUGCUGAUGGGGUUUUUAAAGACCUUUCAAAUCUGCAGACAUUAGAUUUACGGAACAAUGAGAUCUCCUGGGCCAUAGAAGAUGCAAGUGAAGCAUUUGUAGGACUCAACAAGCUCACUAAAUUAAUCUUACAAGGAAAUCAUAUUAAGUCGGUUACAAAGAAGGCAUUUAUUGGUCUUGAAGCUCUUGAGCAUCUAGACUUAAACAAUAAUGCUAUAAUGUCUAUCCAAGAAAAUGCUUUUGCACAAACACAUCUGAAAGAACUGAUGUUGAACACCAGCAGUUUGCUCUGUGACUGCCAGCUGAGGUGGCUGCUGCAGUGGCUAGUGGACAAUCACUUAGAACAGGCUGUGAAUGUGAGUUGUGCUCACCCUGAAUGGCUAGCUGGGCAGAGCCUCCUCAACGUGGAUCCCAAAGACUUUGUCUGCGAUGAUUUUCCUAAGCCCCAGAUAAGGACACACCCAGAGACCACAAUUGCUUUAAAAGGAGUCAAUGUGACCCUUACGUGCACUGCAGUGAGCAGCAGUGACUCACCAAUGUCAACUGCAUGGAGAAAAGAUAGUGAAAUCUUGUAUGAUGCAGACAUUGAGAAUUUUGCUCGAUAUCGCCAACAAGGUGGAGAAGCCUUGGAAUACACUACUGUUUUACAUCUUUUCAAUGUGAAUUUCACAGAUGAAGGAAAAUAUCAGUGCAUUGUUACUAAUCACUUUGGUUCUAAUUAUUCUCAUAAAGCCCGAUUAACUGUGAAUGAGCUGCCAUCAUUUCUGAAAACCCCAAUGGACUUAACUAUCCGUACCGGAGCCAUGGCCCGACUAGAGUGUGCUGCAGAGGGUCAUCCGGCUCCUCAGAUCUCCUGGCAGAAAGAUGGUGGCACAGACUUCCCUGCAGCACGAGAGAGGCGUAUGCACGUUAUGCCCGAGGAUGACGUCUUCUUCAUCGCCAAUGUAAAGAUAGAAGACAUGGGAAUCUAUAGCUGCAUGGCCCAAAACAUUGCAGGCGGUCUCUCGGCAAAUGCUACCUUAACUGUGUUAGAAACACCUUCUUUCAUCAGACCUCUAGAGGAUAGAACUGUAACCCGAGGGGAGACCGCUGUCUUGCAGUGCAUCGCUGGAGGAAGUCCAGCCCCUCGCCUCAAUUGGACAAAAGACGACGGUCCUCUGAUGGUGACGGAAAGACACUUCUUCGCAGCAGCCAAUCAGCUUCUCAUCAUUGUAGAUGCUGGGCUGGAAGAUGCUGGGAAGUACACGUGCAUCAUGUCCAACACCCUGGGCACGGAACGGGGUCACAUCUACCUAAAUGUCAUCUCCUCCUCCAAUUGCGAUUCGGCACAAAGCACCGUUGGGCACGAAGACGAUGGCUGGACGACCGUGGGGAUCGUCAUCAUCGUGGUGGUGUGCUGCGUCGUGGGCACCUCUCUGAUCUGGGUCAUCGUCAUUUACCACAUGAGGAGGAAGAAUGAGGACUACAGCAUCACAAAUACAGAAGAGCUGAAUCUGCCUGCUGACAUCCCCAGCUACCUGUCUUCUCAGGGAACGCUGUCUGAACCGCAGGAGGGCUACAGCAACUCUGAGGCCGGGAGUCACCAGCAGCUCAUGCCGCCUGCAAACGGAUUCAUGCAUAAAGGCCCAGAAGGUGGCAGCGGCAGCCGGGUGAUCUGCUCGGAUUGUUAUGACAACGCCAACAUCUACUCCAGGACCAGAGAAUAUUGUCCAUAUACCUACAUCACCGAGGAGGAUGGGCUGGACCAGACGCUGUCCAGUCUCAUGGUCCAGAUGCCCCAGGAGGCUUGUUUGGCACAUCCUUCCCCAGAAGCUGUGGCUGUGGAUACCUUGACAUCUUCAGGAGACAGAGACAUGACCGUCUACCUCACCAACCAUGACAGGAUAAAUGAGAAGGCACUUGUAUCCUCCACACAGAUGAGCAGUGAAACAUCACAGCGGCCUUUAUGGGGCAUAAACAAAGAACUAGGACUUCCACAAUCUCAUUUUUCCCAGCAGCCAGUCCUUGAAUCACCACGACUUCUCCAAAGUGAGAACCUGACAGAAAGUGACGAAGACCAUUCUGCUUCCCCCAGAUCUUGUCACAGGCUACAAGGUCACUCCUUUGAUUUCAGCAGGACUCAGAACAUACAAGAUGGCAGUGAAGCUACAUGAAAAAUGCUCCACUCAGACUGGCAUGUGGGCACACACUCUAAUCCCCAAUUGUGUAUGUACUACCUCAAAGCUCAGAGGAAACCCCAAGGUUCACCUUUGCUUUCCUGUCAUGUUUACAAGUACAACUGAGAGGACCAAGAAAGCUGGUCACUAGAGAGAAUGGAGGAGUCCAGUUUACUUCUCUCUUAGGUUGCAUCAGACCGAGAGAAGGCCAUGUAUGUGACUAGUACAACAACCAUUUCUUCUGGACCCAGCAGGACGUGUCCAGCUUUGCAGUUGAAAGAGUUUGAAAGAAUGAAAUUGCUGCUUACUAUGUGGAGAGCUUGGCUAAUUUACUUGGUCUUCUGAGAAGCCCUUCUAAAAGUGCACAUCAAGUUUUUCUGUAACCGUAAGCCUAACUUUGAGCUGGUGCUUUCUUUUUCAUGGCAACAAACAAGAAUCACAUCCUUGUUUUGGCAAACUGGUACCAAGUUUAGGGCUUUGUGUUUUUAAGUUUUCUGUCCCUGUUUAGACCAGGACAGAAGUUGUAAAUACAUUUUCACUUAUAAAUAUUUUUUGUAUUCACUUCAUGUAAAAUGCCAGUUUAAUGUAAAUAUUUUUUUAAUAUGCCAAAUUAUGUAAUAUUCUGUUAUUUUGACAGCUGCUUUAACAGACCAGUAAUGGAUUUUGUAGAACUUGGAAAAUUUAAAGAAUUUGCAUUGAAAACUUCUUAGUAAUUAAGAAGUCUGUGUGUAAGCAGGGUACCUCAUAAUUUACACAUAGAUGGCUAUCCUGAUGUAACUUAACACUUUUUUGUAUUCUUUUCAUUGGAAGAGAGUCACAAUUUUCUUCUAUAGACAGAUUGUUUGUCCUCAGUUACUGCCUUUUGCUUUGUAACACAGGUGGCACUGUGCUUUUGAUCCAGAAAGACUUGUCCUGUUCUACUAGCCAUAUAUAUAUAUAUAUAUAUAU